UCCUGGGCCGUGACUCCCCGCGCCGCCCCGGCCCCGGCCCCGGCCCCAGCCCCGGCCCCGGCCCCGCCGCCGCCUCCGGCUCGACCGCCGCCGGCCCCGCUCGCCCCCGCGGGCCGCAGUCCCCUCCCUCCCGCCCGGCCUCCCUCCUGCCCGCACCCGCGGGCGGCAGCAGGAGCCCCGGCCCCGCCGGCGGCCCCAGCCCCCGGCCGCCCGCCGACGCUCCCCGCCGUGGCCGGGCCGGGGCGGCGGCAGCGGCUCCCGCCACCGGGACCGGCCCGCCCCGCCGCGCUCCCCCGCCUCGGUGCCGUCGGCGGCCGCCUGCCGGGCCGGGCGCCGCCUCCCGCGGAGCCGCGGCCGGGACCGGAGCCGGAGGCGGCCGCGCUCCCCGGCCCGGCGGCCGCGCAGCAGCAUCACUGUCUUGAUAGUAAUGAAACAAAAGCCCAAUUACGCAGCAUAAAGCCUCGCGCUAUAUCCAGGAAGCAGCUUGCCAGAAUUUGACAGUUGGACAAAGGAAGCUUCAUUGACAAAGUUCUUCAGAAGAAAACAUCUCAGUGGAGGGAUCCCUUGAAGCUUGCCCUGGGAAUGGACAGCUACCUCCAUUUCUGGGGGAGAGUAGUGCCUAGUGAAGAAGCCUCCAAGGCAAGUUGUGGAGUGUGCUGAUACUCUCUGAAGAGCAAAGGGAAGGGGCGACCUUCCAGGCCAGCAGCCAUGCCUUUCGGGCUGAAACUGCGACGGACCAGGCGCUACAACGUCUUGAGCAAGAACUGCUUUGUGACACGGAUCCGUCUGCUGGACAGCAAUGUGAUCGAGUGCACCCUCUCCGUGGAGAGCACGGGGCAGGAGUGCUUGGAAGCUGUUGCUCAGAGGCUGGAAUUACGAGAGACGCACUACUUUGGCCUUGGGUUUCUCAGCAAGAGCCAGCAAGCUCGAUGGGUGGAACUGGAAAAACCUCUGAAGAAGCAGCUGGACAAAUUUGCCAAUGAGCCUUUGCUUUUCUUUGGGGUAAUGUUCUAUGUGCCCAGUGUUUCCCGAUUGCAGCAGGAGGUAACAAGAUACCAGUAUUACCUACAAGUGAAAAAGGAUGUUCUUGAUGGCCGAUUACGUUCUUCGCUGGAGCAGGGAAUUCGGCUAGCUGGUUUGGCAGUGCAAGCGGAUUUUGGAGAUUAUAAUCAAUUUGAGUCUCAUGACUUCCUCCGAGAAUAUGUCCUGUUUCCUAUGGACUGGACCCAGGAUGAAGCUGUCUUGGAGGAGCUGACUCAAAAGGUUGCUCAGGAACACCGAACUCACAGUGGCAUUACAGCAGCAGAAGCUGAGCUGAUGUACAUCAAUGAAGUGGAACGCCUGGAAGGGUUUGGGCAGGAAAGUUUCCCUGUGAAGGAUAAUCAUGGAAAUGACAUACACCUUGGUAUUUUCUUCAUGGGAAUCUUCUUAAAAAACAGAAUUGGAAGGACAACUGUGAUCUAUAGGUGGAAUGACAUUGGGAAUAUAGCACAUAACAAGUCUUCAAUUGUUCUAGAGUUGAUCAACAAAGAAGAGAAUGUGCUCUUUCACACAGAUGAUCUUGAAAAUGCCAAGUAUAUUUCGCGACUGUUUGCAGCAAGACAUAAGUUUUACAAACAGAACAAAAUCUGCACAGAACAAUCAAGUUCUCCUCCCCCUAUCAGACGGCGGCCCACUUGGAGCAGGUCAUCCUUGCCAAGACAACACCCAUUUAUACUGCCUCCUAUGCAUGUCCAGUGUGGAGAGCACUACACGGAAACACAUAAUUCACAAGAUAGCAUUUUCCAUGGAAAUGAAGAAACUUUCUAUGGUAGGUCUCAGACUAGUCUGGACAGGUGUCCAGUGGACUUCAGCUACCUGAAUGGUAAUGGACCCAAUGGGAGCGUAUGCAGUGCCCACAGCAUGAACUCCCUUAAUCGCUCCCAGAACUUCAUUCAGGCAUCUCCAAUGUCCUCCAACCUGAGCAUCCCUGGAAGUGACAUCAUGAGAGCAGACUACAUCCCCAGCCACAGACAUAGUGCAAUCAUAGUACCAUCUUACCGGCCAACUCCAGAUUAUGAAACUGUCAUGAGGCAAAUGAAGAGAGGAGUGAUCCAGAUGGACAGCCAAAGUCAGUCUUUGAGGAAUCUCAAUAUUGGAAACACACAUGCUUACAACCAGCCAGAAGACCUAGUUUACAGUCAGCCUGAGAUUCGAGAGAGACAUCCUUACACCAUGACUUAUGGUCCCCAGAGUGGUGGUGGCAGCUAUAACAAACCUGUUGCCCCCUCUGACCAAAUGAACCCUAAUCACACUAUGCAAAAUAAGACAGCAGCCAGUAACAUCUCACACACGGUUAGCACACCAGAACUGGCUAAUAUGCAGCUGCAAAGCAGCCAGAAUUACAACACUGCUCAUAUGUUAAAGAACUAUCUGUUCAGACCCCCACCUCCAUAUCCACGUCCACGUCCUGCCACCAGCACGCCUGACCUGGCCAGCCACCGGCAUAAAUAUGUCAGUGGGAGCAGUCCUGACCUGGUCACUCGGAAGGUCCAGCUCUCGGUAAAGACAUUCCAAGAGGACAGCUCGCCGGUCGUCCGCCAGUCGCUGCAGGAGGUCAGUGAGCCCCUCAUGGCAGUGAAGCAUCACGCAGCUGUGAACAAGCGCCAUAGCUUGGAGGUCAUCAGCAACAUGGUACGUGGUAUAGAAGCCAUGGCAUUAAAAACUUUAAACGCCCCUCUGCCACGCAGGAAUACUUUGCGAGAGCAGGUGCAGCCAGAAGAGGCAGUUCAGAUGGGACAUGAAGUUCAGCAGGUUCCUCAUUAUCAUCAUAAAAAGACAUUCUCCGAUGCCACAAUGCUGAUACAUAGCAGCGAAAGCGAAGAGGAAGAAGAAACUGCAGAAUCUGUGUCACAGAUAACAGCUCUUCAUGAGAACAUGGAAUAUAGUGCUCAGUUGCAAGCUGCCUUGGCUAGAAUACCAAAUAAACCUCCUCCAGAAUAUCCUGGGCCUCGUAAAAGUGUCAGCAAUGGAGCUCUGAGGCAGGACCACGUUAGUGUUUCUGUGGCUGCUGCCAGGGCCAAGGCCAUGAGGCCAGGGCCGUCCAAGGCCAUUAGUGUAUCUCGAACUGAUCAAGUGGCAAUAAAUGGGUCUUCACUUGGGCCCUCUAUCUCAGAGCCUGACCUCACAAGUGUGAAGGAGAGGGUCAAGAAGGAGCCCGUCAAGGAAAGGCCUGUGUCUGAAAUGUUUUCUAUUGAAGACAGCAUUAUAGAAAGAGAAAUCAUGAUGAGGAAUCUAGAAAAGCAGAAGAUGGCAGGCCUGGAGGCCCAGAAGAGGCCCUUGAUGUUGGCAGCACUGAAUGGGCUCUCGGUUGCUAGGGUUCGUGUGCCGGAGGACAGCCAGGAUGAAGUAGCCAAGGUGCCAAUGGAUGAGAGGUGCAAAAUCUUGAAGAGGAAGUUGGAAGAGGGGAUGGUGUUUACAGAAUACGAGCAGAUUCCAAAGAAAAAGGCAGAUGGGAUCUUCACCACUGCUGCCUUGCCUGAAAACACUGAGCGCAACCGUAUCAGGGAGGUUGUUCCUUAUGAAGAGAACCGAGUAGAGCUGGUGCCAACCAAAGAAAAUAAUUCAGGCUACAUCAAUGCUUCACACAUAAAGGUUACUGUAGGUGGGGAGGAGUGGCACUACGUUGCCACCCAAGGACCUCUGCCACACACAUGCCAUGACUUCUGGCAGAUGGUGUGGGAACAGGGGGUGAAUGUUAUAGCCAUGGUCACUGCUGAAGAGGAGGGAGGAAGAAGUAAGAGUCAUCGUUAUUGGCCUAAGCUGGGCUCUAAGCACAGCUCAGCCACUUACGGGAAGUUCAAGGUGACAACCAAGUUCCGCACUGACUCCGGCUGCUACGCGACCACGGGUCUGAAGGUCAAGCACCUUCUGUCUGGACAGGAGAGGACUGUGUGGCACUUGCAGUAUACCGACUGGCCAGACCACGGAUGUCCAGAAGAAGUCCAAGGCUUUUUAUCUUACUUGGAGGAGAUACAGUCGGUGCGUCGCCAUACCAACAGUGUGUUGGACAGCAGCAACAAUUGCAACCCUCCUAUUGUGGUUCACUGCAGUGCAGGGGUUGGAAGGACCGGCGUGGUUAUCCUAACAGAACUGAUGAUUGGGUGUUUGGAGCAUAAUGAAAAAGUGGAUGUGCCUGUGAUGCUGAGACACCUGCGGGAGCAGAGAAUGUUUAUGAUUCAGACCAUAGCCCAGUACAAAUUUGUCUAUCAAGUGCUCAUCCAGUUCCUGCAAAACUCCAGACUUAUUUAAUCUCUUUAAAGAUCCCAGACAUAGCUUUCUGGAUUUGACUGAACCUUGCUGAUAAGAGGGCAACUGUCUUGAUAACGUGUGCAUAUAUUUUACUUACUCAAGUUGUCUUGAAAGUAAGCAGUGAUUAUUCUUUACUAGAGUCUCCCAUGGAUUAUUUUAUACAAGAUAUAAUUUAUUUUUCUUGGAAUAACUUGAGAAUUACUUUAAUAACUUGUGAAACUUAUGGUGACUUUUUAAUUGAACCACAUUUGAUAUGACCGAUCUGCAUUGUAACAUGUUCAUAGGGAAAGCAAUCCUUUCUAAAGGUGUAGUAUAUUGGCUUUUAACUUGCCACAUAGUUUAUGAAAUGAACAGGUAUUUGGCAGUAGGCUUUUUCUCAGAUAAGAAUAUUGUGGAGCAAGAUAUGUGGCUUCCAUGGUAAAAGUGAGACCUGCUACAUGUCAGCUAGGGUUCUGUAAGAGUAGAGUCUGAGGAUGCAAAAUCCUAAGGUACAGAGACCUGUGCCUCUGCACAAGCAGCAGGGAGAGUUACAGAGGGCUCAAACACAGGCAGUUGUGAGGGCAGAGAGCUGUGGGUGCUAAAAUUGUUCAAAUUUCACAGGAAUUACAGUUUCAGUUUAGUCUGUGAAAGUAAAACUGGAUCUUUUAAACAAGGCCUUUACCAUCCUUUGGAGGGAUUCUUAAGAGAUGAAGUGUUAGGAAAACGACCCAGAACAAGAUGAGGUCAAUCGGAGUCUUUCCUGUAACUGUAGUGGGCUGUGGAUUCAACGGCAGAGGCAUUUCAGCUUAAAUAGCACUCCCUUCCUCCUGCCCACCCCCACGUACACUUUAGCAAGUUGUGGUGGAAUUCCCACACUAUUAUUUCUGGUUAAGAGAUAGAAAGAAAAGUUCCUGCACUGAGGCUGCUCCCUCCUUGCACGACUCCCCUGUUUCUCAUCUCUGUAAGCUGCCAUCCUCCUGCCAGCAGUCCUGCUCUUGGCUGAACUUGCUCGGACUCGGUGGUCCUGUAGGAUUGCUAGAAAACAGACCAGGCUGGAAGGGAGCCCUGGAGGUCUCUGGUCCCAGCCCUGCUCACAGCUGGGCCAACUUCAAAGUUGGAUCAGGCGCCCAAGGUCGUGUCCAGUCAAGUUUCAGAAAUCUCUAAGGGUGGAGGUUCCACAGCCUUGCUGGGCCCCUGUACCAAUGCUUAGCCAUUGUUGUGGUGAAAUUGUUUUUCCUGAAAUCCAUCCCUUUCCCAGAUACAUUUAAUCUUUUAGUCCUGCAUUCCUUUUGCUUCGCAUGCCUACCUGCUAACCCUUGGCCCUCCAUCGUCAUCUCUGACCCUUUCCUCUCUGACAGCUAGUCCCACCCAACUGUGUCUUCUCUUCUUCUAGGGGAUUCCCACUCUCUCCAAUGUUUUGUCCUCCUUCUGCCUCUAGUUUUGCAUCCCCUUAAUCACCCUACUGGCUGGUGCUUCUGUCUUUAUACUGUCUGUACAGCCUGAGCAGAUAAACCAUCUGAUGUCCUGUUUUUUUAUCUCCCAGUUUCCUACUGUGUUUCUCUUUGCUGGAUGAGAGUGUUUAUUUCUUCUGAGGAUACAGCUGUUAUGCCAUGGCAUUAUGGGAAAUGCAGUCAUUGCCCUUUCUGCAAAGAAAAGCUUCAGCAGUAGCAGAUGGGAUAGGUCAGGUUAAGUAUUAUUGGAGGCUGUGGACCAGGAGUUCCCAAUUCCCAAACAAGUCACAGGGUCACAGAAUUGUUGGGGUUGGAAGGGACCUCUGGAGAUCAGCUAGUCCAACCCCCCUGCUUAAGCAGGGUCACCUACAGCAGGUUGCCUGGGACUGUGUCCAGUUGGGUUUUGAAUAUUUCCAAGGAUGGAGACUCCACAGCCUCUGUGGGCAACCUGUUCCAAUGUUCAACCACCUUCACAAUGAAGUGUUUUCUUGUGUUCAGAAGGAAUUUCCCAUACUUCAGUUUGUGCCUGUUGCCUCUUGUCCUGUCCCUGGGCACCACUGAGAAGAGUCUGGCUCUGGCUUCGUUACACUCUCCCAUCAGUUAUUUAUACACAUUUUUCAGAUCCCCUGAGCUGUCUCUUCUCCAGGCUAAACAGUCCCAGCUCUCUCAGCCUUUUCUCAUAUGACAGAUGCACCAGUCCCUUAAUCAUAUUAGUAGCCCUUCACUGGACUUGCUCCUGUAGCUCUAUCUCUCUCUUCUACUGUGGAGCCCAACACUGGACCCUGUACACUGAAAAUGUUCUCACUGGUGCUGAGCAGAGGGGGAAGAAUCACCUCCCUCGACCUGCUGGCAAUGCUCUGCCCAAUGCAGCCCAUAGGGCUUCUUUGUCGCAAGGGCACGUUGCUGGCUCAUGGUCAAUUUGUUGUCCACCAGGACCCCCAGGGCCUUCUCUGCAAAGCUGGUCUCCAGUUGGCCCCCAGCCUGUUCUGCUGCAUGGGAUUAUUCCUCCUUGGGGACAGGAUGUGGCACUUCCCUUUGCUGAGCUUCAAGUUCCUCUCUGCCCAUCUCUCCAGCCUGGUAAGGUCCCUCUGAACAGCAGUGCAACCAUCUAGUUCAACCAUGUAGUUGGUAUAUCAGCCACUCCUCCUAGUUCUGUAUCAUCUGUGUUAAAAAAAAAAAAAAAAAAAAAAAAAAAAUCAGGUGUGUCCUAAAACCUACUGUGGAAACACAGAUCAUAAUCCAGAAAGUUUGCAAUGCAGUUACUGUUUAAAAGAUUCAGAAAUACUAUGCUUAUUUGUCGCAUCUCAUGAGGCUGCUUUUCUAAAAUUCCCCUCCUUCUGCUUGGCAACAAAAGUCAAACUUGUUGUUCUUGUUUUAAAUGUGCAUAAUCAAGCCAUAAUAGCUUGAAGUCAAUGCAUAAAGGCCUAAGCCUACAUGCAGCCUCGGCUUCGGUAGGAUCGCUAAAGGGACCUGUGCACCUACCUUUCCCUAAAAUCAGUGGGAGCUUAAUCUACAUUUCAGUACUUGAAUGCUUCUCAAAAUGCAUUUAAAACUCCACUGUGUUUUUACUUGGCUCUAUGCAAUACAGGCCUAAUGAUAUGAGAAGAAUUCUGGUGGAAACUGCUAGUUACCAGCAAAUGCUUAUGAGUUAUUUAGCUCUAAUAUCUUGACCGUGUUCCUUUUAAGGAUCACUUGAGUUUUCAGUCAGCUUCAGUUCUCCUCUAACUUCUUCUGCCAAUGCCAACAUAUCUCUUGUUAAAUUAGCAGCAACCAUUUAAAGUCUCUUCAGCAGCAUCUGCAUGAUAAUUGCAUAGAGAUGCUUUAUAUCUGGGAAACAAGCCAAGGAAUAAACCUUAAAGCAAAGUGUAUUAAAUUAGUUAUCUCGUUAUAGCUUUUGGAAUAAUUUCCUAAUGAUGAAUUAAGUUUGAACUCAGAGCUGUCAAGUCCCAUUGCUCCACUUGGGAUUGAGAGGCAGAAAAUCAGAAGGGAAAAUAAUCUGUUCCUGUGUCUUACAAUUCAGUUAUUUUUGGUUGAAAUGUAUACUAGUAUUUCCACAGUAAGUAGAAAUAGUGAUUUCGUAAGAGAAAGUAAAGAGCUGUGUUUAAAAGGAAGAAAUUAGGCUAAUGUUGUCUUUUUUGCAAAGACACAUCUAGACGUCUUAGAAAAAUAUUAAUUACAAAAUGGCACCAAAAAGCCUUUCCAAAUUAAGUCAGUGCCUAUUAAUGAGGCAAAUAAAUGGCCAUGCAGUAAACAAGAGUUUCCGAUUAAUUCCUAACGUGGCUGGUAUGGUAGAUAGAGGCCAGUGUGACUCACUUUUUCUCUUUAAUUGUGAAAGAAUAGUAAUUUCAAACUUUUCCUUUCAUCUGACUUCAAUGUAUUUUUCCUGCUAGAUUUUAUCUUGACUAGAUCUGCUAAUAUCAUAGGUGAAUUGGGUUGGGGCACGUCUUCAGAGGUUCCUUUCCACCUCAGCUUGCAACCAAACUUCAGCAUGCCAAGGUUUUAUGAUUGAAACGUGAUACAGUUUUGCAGGGGAAAAACUGAACCUUCUGACUUUGAACCUGUUGUAGUUUUAUCAGACCUAAAUGCUUGGGCAGUAUUUCCUAACCUUUAGGGAGUGACAGGAAAAUGCAUUUUGUAUCCAGUUUCAUUAGUCAUAGCAGGAAUGAAACCAGGAGACUUAAAGAAACAGGACUGUUUAAUUUUUGUCCCGCACACUUAAUAGUAGUGCUUAAACAGAAAAGGAGGACAGUUUUGCACUGCCGUUUGUGGGUUGCGUACUUCCUAACAUCAAAGCAUGGCGAUGGGUUGGUUACAAGAAACCGUAUUCAUCCAUUUGGAGCAGAGUUUGGAUUGAAAAUCUUACAAAAAAUGCAUCAAUUUUCUAAGAAUGGAGCUGCAUCUUGAGAGUUUAUGAAACAAACAGGCUUCUCCAAGUCUUGCCAGUUGCACUCUGGCGAGUUUAGCUUCCUUCAUUACUUUGUAAGAGAGCACUUGGAGUGGUUGAAUAAGCACUUUUCAUACACUUUUUAUCUAUAUUUAAUGUUGCCAUUUAACAGCGUAUUUCUUUUUUCCUUAACAGUGGUGGUAUUAAGAUUGCUGGCAUCAAAUUUUUGGUUAUUGUGUGUAGUUUAUGGUCUGAGCAUUUCAUGAUUAACAGUAUCUGGAUCAGGGAUGGGAGAGCUGACUGCUGAAUGUGGACGCUGCUCACAAAUGGUCUGCUCAGUGCUGUAGAUGUCCUGUAUGCGUCCUCCACAUGCUGCAGUGGAUGGUGGAGGUUGGCCCAGUGCCUGCACGUUAGCCCUGCUUUGAGACCACUUGUCCUUGAUCAGCUUGGGAAAGAUGAAGCUUGAUCCCACAAACUUUUUCCUAUAUGGCUGUAUAGUGACCCUAAAUACUCAGCUUUAUUGGAAAUACCUUUUCCCUAAAAUAGUGUUUCAACUGAAGUGAGACACACCUGUGAAAAUUUAUUAAACCUAUUGUUAACACAGUCAUUUUUAAGGCUAUUUCUCUUCCACUUAUUUAAAUCAGCUGCCUUAACUACAAAUAAUAUUAAAUAUUUGCAUGACUUUGAAAGCUUUUUUUUUAAUUAUUCCUUUCUUGUAAACAGCCAGAAAUGCAAAUGGUAGAACACAGUUUGGAAAUGAAUGAGUAAGUCUCAGUGCUUCAAUCGAGAAGAUCAUUUUAAGCUAAUAAUACUUAGUUUUUGACCCAAUAUUUGCUAUGUCACUGUAGCCCACAGGUGACCCUAAAGCAAGUGCUCAUAGGAAAGCUCUUACCGGGAUACAGCUGGAAAAUCUUCUGGGGUAAAUUCAGCAGUUACUGACCACACUGCAUUCUCAACAGCCGACUUCCCAAGGGUCUCUUGGGAUGAGAUGAUGACUGAAUUAGCUGUUGCCAGUCUUGCUAACGAUUUGUGAAUUGUGUGCUUGAAAAGGGUAAGCACCAGUAUGGCUGGUAUUUGCUCUAGCAGCUCUUCUGCAUCAGUGAGAGGCUAGAACUAAAUUUUGCUGCCUGUCUUUUUGGAAAAGAAUGCUUUACAUCCAGAGAACCAGGGUGGCUCCCGUUUCAUGAAAUAAAGGCUGCAUCUUGUUGAAGGAGCAAGUAGCCAAAGCUGAUCUUGAAAGAGAAGUACUGCUUAAAAAUGUAAUUUGUCCAAUACUCUAUAAAACUGGAUAUAAAUCUGCGAAUGUAUGACCACAGUGAGGUGGAGUUUGAGUGUAGAUUUUGAUGCCAACAGGAGAAAGGUUACAGGGUCAAAAUCCUGAAAGCAGUAGUGCCCAGUUCAUUCUUAGCCUUGCCUAGAGCUUUUUCUUGUAGAAUCUGGUGCUAUGGGAACUACAAAUGCAGUUCUUGCCAUGUGAGUCUUUAGAGAGGAGAGGAGGACAUUAUACAUGCAGCCACUUGUAACCUUGACUUGCAGGGAUUUGAAGGGCUGUAAUUUGAGGAAGGGAACAGCUGGCUGCUUGGGCUGUUGGGCAAACAAGAGAAGAUGGAGUUCUUAGCCAUAGACAAACCACUGUUAAAUGGUGAAACAAAACACUGGUGCACAGGUCAAAAAAUAGCAGUGUUUAUAUAUUUUUAAAGGUAACUAAACAUUUUUGUUAUUGUAAGAUACUCUAAAAACAGUGAAUUUCCCCAGUUCCUCUUGGCCAUUUUUCAAGAUGGUUCUUCAGUGUUUCAAGGUUUUGAUGCCUGUGAUGUGUGUGUACCCUUACUGAGAGUUUCCCACAUGCUACUAUUACAGGACUUUGCCUCUGCAGGGUGAACUAGAAGUCAGCAGUAAAAUGGCAGCUUUCACUGAACAAUCCUAGCACUAUUUAACAGUAAUGGAAAGACUGAUACUUUAGCAGAACCCUGAAAUGAAUACAGUGCUUAGUGGUUUAUUCUUCCAAAUACUUCGGUAGCAGUCUUCCCUGAUACGCAAACAAGAGCAAAUGAGGAAAGUUUCCUACAACAUACUUCCAUGACAUCCUGUCUUUGAUAGUGGUUGGUAGCUGACACUGAGGUAAGAAAUGUAAGAACCAGCUAUAGCAUAUUCUGUUCAGCCCCUCUAGCAUCAUGCCUGGCAAUCAGUGAUUUAGGGGCUUCCUGAGGUUUAAGUUAUAUCUUACUCAUCAUGUUUAAUUAAAUGCUGAUGGAUCAAUCUUCCAUGAAUUGCAUAAUUUUUUUUAAACCCACUUAUUCUUCUGGCCAUCACAACAUCCUGUGUUAGUGAGUUCCACAACUUAAUUAUACAUUAUUAUGAACAAGAACUUCUUUGUGUAUGUUAAAUAAAAGUAUUUUUUGCUGCUACUCAGAAUCUUUAAAAGAAUAUAAAUUUUUAUUGCCAAAAACAUUGUUAGUAGUAUGAUUAUCCUGUUGAGAUUGCUCCCUAUGGAAAACACACUUUCCUCAUUAGUGAAGUACCUUUCUUUGGAUAUUUUACAAAGGAAAAAAGUUUACACAUGCAGAUGACUGUACUAUUCCCAUAUAUAACUGUGUGGGAUGUGUUAAAUGAAAUAACAUGUUUAAAUAAGUUUUACAUCACUGGAUUUUACUGUCCUGUUUUACUUCAGUAUUUUGAUGAUUCCUGUUGUAUUUGCUCUGUAACUCUGUACAUGACAGUUUAGUGCAAAGCAGUGAUUUAACAAUCUCACGAUCUCGUUGUAUGUACACGUUUUGCAGACAAGUGAGAUAUCAGUUAUAUGCUCUUCCUCUCACCCCACUCCCUCUUGUUCGGGCUGAACAGCAUAACUAUUUUAUACUAUUGAAAGCCUUUAAAAAAAAAUCUAUGCAUGCUAUUUUAUAUUCUAAUGUAUUAUUCAUAUCAGUACAUAAGCUUAUGCUUGUCAGUUUUAUCUUGUGUAUAGAACUGAUUACUUUUGACAGUAUUUUUGCACUGUUUCUUUUCUUUCUCUUUUUAUAAAGUUCUGUUCAGCAUUAAUUGACUGCAAUAAUUUUUUACCUCUUUCACUGCCUUUGUGUAAAUAGUUUCUUACAUGCCUUUUCAAAUAUGAGAAUAUCUUCAGUCACUAAGGUUUUUUUGGUAAGGCUGUCCUUCAUAUUCACAGUAUACAAUAAACCAUUUUUUUCAAGGAAA